ACGCCUGUCUUCAACCUCCUCGAGACCCCAGCGGACCCCAGCGACCUGCUCAAGUCCAAGCUCUUCCUGACGGACGACCCGGCGCUGAUCGUGCUGUACGCGCAGCUGCGGCAGCGAUCUCUGCAGACGCUGCGGGGCGCCAGCAAGGUGACGCCGCGGGUCGAGUGGGAGUUUGUGCUGCACAACGCACGGCUCUACGACCGCAUGGGCUGCGACCUCUUGGGUCUGGACCUGGUGCGCAACUGGGAGUUCCUCAAGCAGCCGACCGAGACCGGGGCGGCGGCGGCGGCCAAGGGCGGCCAGCUCGGAGGCGAAGUCAACCCGCUCAACCUGCUCAGGAGGAGGAGCUCGCUGGUCGUGGCGGACCUGCCGAUUUUGGGCGGGCCGCUGUCGCCGCCGGUGGGAGCGGGUAAGAAGGGCGUCGGUAAAGAUGGAAACGGGGCGGCGCCGACUGUGUUUGAGGAGCCGGAUGCCAAUUCGUUGUUGGAUAGUUUUGGGUUCUGA